UACGAGGAGCAAACAAGACCGGAACGCGACACCAAGUUGUUAUUGAGUCUAUGUGAAAGAGUUGGAACAGAGCUGAUGGCUGAUCUUUUAUUCCGGAGACGCUGGAAGCGCUGCACUGUCGCUGCCUUCACACAGUGAAGCUGAUUUUGUGCCAACAGAAGCAGCAGCAGCACGGCUCCAUUAUCAGCGCCGCCACUCGCACACAGGGAUGAUGGGUAAGAAAAGCCGCACAGGGACGGGCCGAAGGACCAUUUUACAGCUCUCACCGCCAGGACUGCGCAGCGGCACAGGCCGAGACGAGGCUGUAGGCUCUGGGUCCGAAGGGGAGACGGAGGGUAAUACAGGCAAGGACGGGCAAGGAGUCCACAGAGAGGUGAACAUGGAAAUGAAGACCUCAGCAGUGAAGGCAACACAGGGCUUGUCGUUGCUUGGUGCUUAUGAAGACAGUGAGGAAGAGGAUGCGUCUGAACCCAGCGGUUCUGCUGCUAAAGCAAAGCUCAAUCACUCUACAGAUAUUGACAGUACACUUGCGAGUUUUAUGGCUGAAAUUGAUGCUAUCACCACACAGCCAGUCCAGACCGAUGAUGCUACAAAGGAGGAGCCCAGUGCUCCAGCACCUACUCCUCCUCGCCCCGAACCCAAGACAGAACAGCACACUUAUGCACAGAAUGGCUCUGCACAGGAAUUUCAGUAUAAUACACAGUACUCCCUGGCAGGAGCUGGGGUUGAAAUGGGUGAUUGGCAGGAGGUGUGGGAUGAGAACACAGGCUGCUACUACUACUGGAACACCCAGACUAAUGAGGUGGUCUGGGAGCUUCCCCACUACCUGGCCAAUCAGAUGCAGAGUCUACAGCAGUACUCGGAGAGUUCAUCUGUUAAUGGCAGCGAGGUGUUGCAUCAUACAGCAAGUUAUCCUGAACAGCCCUCAGCUCCAACUGUCACUGCAUCAAAACCGGAACCAAAAAAGAAGGAAGUAAUAGAGAGUGUAGUGGCUCUAACUAGUGAUGAGGAGGAGAGGAAAGGGGUAGCUGCCUCUCUCCUCGCGCCUCUAAUACCGGCUGAAGUGAAACAGGCAGAAGAGAAAUGGAGGAAGAAGAUUCUAGCGAUGGACGAGAAGGUGGAGAAUCCUCCGGAGGUUGAGGGAGAGGUGUCUUUAGGCUCUCCUGCUCCUUGUGAUGGAGAAAGCCCUGCUCCAUGUAAUCAACAAAGUAGGAACCACUCUAGAGAAAACUCUGAUGGAGAAGAGGAGACAGAAGAGGAUACCAAGGAUCUGGAGCUUGCAUUAGAAAGGAAAAAGGCUGAACUUCGUGCCUUAGAAGAAGGUGAUGGCAGUGUUGGUGGUUCAAGCCCCUGUUCUGAGGCAAGUCAAGAGGGUUCUCGAGGCCUUUUGAAGAAGACUAAGUGGAAAACAGCCUUUCUUCGGGCGCCGAGUCCUGACUCAAACAGCAGAGGCUCUGACAAAACAGAAUGGGAGACUGCAGAACCUGUGGAUACAGCACCUUCCAAAACGGCUGAGAAACAAGAGGACAAAGAGGAACAGGAAAAACCUGUAUCCAAAACACAAGAGGAGGAUACAGCAGACCUCAAGUUUCAGAUUGGGGAGCUUGCCAAUACCCUAACCAGCAAAAUGGAAUUCUUGGGAAUUGACAAAAAGACCAUCUCCAACUUUCAACUGCUUUUGUUACAAACCGAGACGCGGAUAGCAGAUUGGCGAGAAGGAGCUCUGAAUGGAAAUUAUCUUCGCCGCAGGUUGCAGGAAGCUGCUGAGCACAUAAAACAUUACGAACUUAACGCCACUCCAAAGGGCUGGUCCUGCCACUGGGACAGAGAUCACAGGCGUUACUUCUAUGUGAAUGACCAGACCAGUGCCUCCCAGUGGGAGUUUCCAACAGUGAAGGAAGAAGAGGAAGAUGGCAAGCCACCGCAGCCUUUGGCAGUUGGUCAGGAAAAUGCAGGUCAGCUUCCUGAGGCUUCCAGUGGUAUAGUAGGUACCUCCCACGUAGAAACCCAGUCCUUUUGGACGGCUCCUCAACCUCCACUUCCUCCAGACACACCCCCUCCUCCUGCAGAACAGCCACCACCGCCACCACCGCCCCCUGAAUCUCCUCCGCCACCACCUCCUCCGCCCCUCAGUGAUGAUGGAGAGAUUGAAGAGGUAGAAAUGGAAGAUGAGGAUGCUGAGCCACCUGCUCCUGGAACAGAAGAAUUUCGGGCCAGUGAAGCAGCAGCCAUUCAAGGUGCUGUGGCUAGAGCCCAGAAGAGGAAAGCUCCAUGUUCAGAACAGCUGAACAAAGCCAUCACUAUUGGGAGCAGUCCCAUACUGUACACCCAGCCUACUGCCACAGCAGCUCCUAUAAUCGCUGCAAAUGCAUAUUGGGGAAUGACUGCAGUAGCUACACCUGCUCUGCCAUCAGAGCCUUUGGUACCACCAAUGCCAGCCGCACCCUUACAACCUCCACUUCCACCACCUCAACCUCCAGUUGAACCAGUGUCGACAAAGAUGCCUACAGACAAAACCAAGAAGUUAAAGAAGGACAAGAUGAAAAAGAGCAAGACGAAGAUGCCAUCGUUAGUGAAAAAAUGGCAGAGCAUCCAGAGGGAGUUAGAUGAAGAGGAGAAGUCAAGUUCUAGUGAUGAAGAUCGAGACCAACUGAACAACCGGCGCAUAGAAGAGUGGAAACAGCAACAGCUUGCCUCAGGAAAGGCAACGAAGAAUGCUAACUUUGAGGCUCUGCCUGAAGACUGGAGAGAGAGGUUGCUAAAGAAGAGGAAGAUGAUGCAGAGUUCAUAGCAUUGACCUUUCAGUUUGGAAUGGACUGUCAUGGACUGUGUGUAUAUAUGAGUUUUUUUUUGUUUGUUUGUUUUUUGUUUCCCCAUCCUGAAUAGAAUGGACUAAAGCAGACAAUGUUUUUAUACACUUCUAUUCAAGCGGUGAAUUUUUCUGCAGAAGGACAUUAGUGUCUCGUGUGGGUUUUUUCUUGUAAAAUAACUUCCACUGUACAAAGUAUUUUGUUAUUGUUUUCUUGCUAGAUCCCUCACAGUCGUCAGCAUUGAUCCAUGGUAAUUGCAGAGCAACCUGCCUUUUUUAUUUAAUUUUUUUUUUUACUUUAGUACUUUUGUAUAGAUUGACAAGUUUUUUUAAUAUAUAUAUUGUUUAGGAUGUAUUGUGCCAUGAUCAUGGGUCUUUAUUUCCAAGACCAUUUACUGUAGGAAGUAAAGCAUUUUUAAUGUCCAUGCAUCACUGAUACCUUGAAGCUAAUGAACCUUGUCCCUAGCUUUAGCUGCAAGAAGUGGUGGAAUAAUACACAAUGGUACAUGGUGGGAAAACACUAGUUUUCUCCAAAGUUUUUGUGGUGAUUUAGUUAUUUAGGUUGUUGAUGCAGGACCUGUAUAUAAGUACUCCACUCUUGGGGUGAAAUUUCUUAUGUCUGUGGAUUACAUGUCUGUGCAAGGUAUAAGCUUUAUAAGCAGACUAACUGUAAUUUUCAAUGUGGAGAAAUUUCAGCCAUGCUAGUUUCUUCCACAGUGUUCUGUAUAGCUGUGUUGCGUAUUGGAAAUGGGGGUGGGGAGGUCACUGAAGUUUUAUAUGUUGUAAAUAAUAAAUACUUUUCUAUCA